AUGGAGCCUCCGGGGGUUCACCGCAACCCCGGGGUCGCCUUCUCACAUCACCAGAAAGCUCCUGAUCCACCGCUCCGGAGAAUCUUUUGGGACCCCGAGGUGCGGGUGAGUUCCAAGUUUGGGAGCCUCCUUGCCGGGCAGUCCCCGAUGGAGCAUGGGCAAGCAGCUGAGAGCGGCGAGGGCAAGGAGCCCGAUGCCCUUCUGCCUUCUGCUGCCGGCAGCAGUCCCUGCCUGCCCUCGGUGGGGCAGCGGCCCGGGGCCCCUGCGGGCAGGCCGGCGGCUGCCAACGCAGCUCGGGAGCGCAGCCGGGUGCAAACCCUGCGCCACGCCUUCCUCGAGCUGCAGAAGACUCUCCCCUCCGUGCCACCCGACACCAAGCUCUCCAAGCUGGACGUGCUGCUCCUGGCCACCACCUACAUCGCACACCUCACUCGCAGCCUUCAGGAUGAGGAAGAGUCGCCGGGAGAGGGCUUGGGUGCCCUCCGAGGGGAUGGGUACCUGCACCCUGUCAAGAAGUGGCCGAUGCGCUCCAGGCUGUACAUCGGAGCUACAGGACAGUUCCUGACUCCCUCGGCACCCGGCGACGGCGCGAACCAAGGGGAGACCUCAGCAGCUCCACAAAUCUAA